ACGUACGCCGAUGAUGGGCAGCCCACGCGGGCCCGGGGGCAGAGGCGCGGCGGGCGAUUUCCGCAGAUACUGGCGCGCGAGGACAAGAGAGAUGAUGCCCGCCGCGACGGGCGCGACGAGUGCGCUGAGAGACGACGACAUUUACAAAUAGGUUAGAGCGAGAGACGAUGGGUGGGUAGGUGGGGACUGGGAAGGAAGGAAGGAAGGACACAGGGAUUGAGGAACGUCGACGCGCGCCGGCCGGGCCCUCGUCAUAUGCUGAAAACGAUCUGGGUUCGGGAUGGAAUAUCGUUUGAUAUCCUUGGAAUUCCUUUCCCAUGGAUCAUGACGGCGUCCAGGCUAUCCGGGAAAUCCCCUUCCGCGCCACACGUUUCCGUAUUCUCUGCUCGCUAUGGCGACCCAGUGAGGGGCUUUUUGGGAAGUCCUCGGCUGCGGCUUGACGUUGUUUCCCGAAUUACUGAUGGUUAUAUUUUGGGUCGGUGACAGAAUCACAAGAUACUUGAGAUCUUCCAAGAUAGAAGGUCUGAUCACAUAAAUCCGGGCGCUUUAUGAAGCAUGCAAGAACCCAGGGCUAGAUUCGACGGGGGACGCCGUGGAAUUCGUGCUUUUUUGAAAUUGGGAGGUGGGAGAGCGAUUCGAAGGACGGGCGCCGUAAUCUGUUCAAGUGGCUCUGAGACCCUGCGUCCGUCCCUCCACAACUCGCCCAUCCACGUGCCUCGCACACUCAUAAGCGAAAUUCGAAUCAGAGCACUGGCCCGGCUGUCUCCCCACCCCAUCCUUCACUUACUCUCUUUCUCCCACCCACCCACCCACCCACCUCCCCAUCGACCAUGGCCGCGACUCUGGAUCCUGGCACGGCGCUGGACAACACGAUGGGCGCCAUGCUCCUGGGAGUCAUCGUCAGCGCGAUUUUGUACGGGAUCAGUCUGCUGCAGGUGCUGUUCUACUUCACCCGAUAUGAGCGGGACCCAAGGUGGUUGAAGACGCUGGUCGCUUUGACUGUGAUCCUGGACAGUCUGCAUCUGGCAUUCGUCGUGCACACAGUGUACCACUACCUGAUCACCGACUACUACAACCACAAUUCACUGGGGGUCAUGAUCUGGAGCGUCUCCCUGGAGGCAUUACCCACGGGUGUUACAGGCGGACUGGUUCAAGC